UUCCGCUUCCGGUGGCGUCCAUGCGGGCUGGAGCAGCAGCGGUUGUGGACCCGUGUAGAUUAACAUUACUUGUGAAUUGGUAAAAGAGACACAAUGGAGAGUAAGGACCAGAAGAAACACAGAAAGAAAAACAGUGGGCCCAAAGCUGAGAAGAAAAAGAAACGACACCUGCAAGAUCUGCAACUUGGAGAUGAGGAAGAUGCCCGGAAAAGGAACCCCAAAGCUUUUGCAGUACAAUCUGCUGUGCGGAUGGCUCGUUCCUUUCACAGGACUCAGGAUUUAAAGACAAAAAAGCAUCAUAUUCCAGUGGUUGAUCGAACCCCUCUAGAGCCCCCACCAAUAGUGGUGGUAGUAAUGGGGCCUCCAAAAGUUGGAAAGAGUACUUUGAUCCGGUGCCUCAUACGGAACUUCACCAGGCAGAAGCUGACAGAGAUCAGAGGUCCUGUAACCAUUGUGUCAGGUAAAAAACGCAGACUGACCAUUAUUGAAUGUGAUUGUGACAUAAACAUGAUGAUUGAUCUGGCUAAAGUAGCAGAUUUGGUUCUGAUGCUCAUCGAUGCCAGCUUUGGAUUUGAAAUGGAAACAUUUGAAUUUCUAAAUAUCUGCCAAGUACAUGGCUUUCCUAAAAUUAUGGGCAUUCUCACUCAUCUUGAUUCCUUCAAAUAUAAUAAACAACUCAAGAAGACAAAGAAGAGAUUAAAACACAGGUUUUGGACAGAAGUCUACCCAGGUGCCAAACUGUUCUACCUCUCCGGAAUGGUGCACGGAGAAUACCAAAACCAAGAAAUUCACAACUUGGGACGUUUUAUUACGGUUAUGAAGUUUAGGCCUCUUACAUGGCAAACCUCUCAUCCUUAUAUCCUGGCGGACAGGAUGGAAGAUUUGACAAACCCAGAAGAUAUUCGAACAAAUAACAAAUGUGACCGAAAGGUAUCUCUUUAUGGUUAUUUAAGAGGAGCACACUUGAAAAACAAAAGCCAAAUCCACAUACCAGGUGUAGGGGAUUUUGCUGUAAGUGAUGUGAGUUUCCUCCCCGACCCCUGUGCACUUCCUGAACAACAAAAGAAGCGCUGUUUGAAUGAGAAGGAGAAGUUGGUGUAUGCCCCUCUCUCGGGAGUUGGUGGUGUGCUGUAUGACAAAGAUGCUGUCUAUGUCGACCUUGGUGGCAGCCAUGGCUUCCAGGAAUCGGAUGAGAUGAGGCCCACCCAUGAACUGGUCCAGAAUCUUAUUUCCACUCAUGCCACCAUUGAUGCCAAAAUGGCUUCAAGUAGAGUGACACUUUUUUCUGAUUCCAAACCACUGGGGUCAGAGGAUAUAAAUAAUCAAGGACUGUUGAUGCCAAAAGAGGAAAAACAUGUGGAUUUGAAAACUGGACGAGUGCGUCGGAAAGCUGUUUUUGGAGAUGAAGAAGAUGAGUCUGGCGAUAGUGAUAAUGAAGAUGAUGAAGAAAUGUCUGAAGACGACAGAUUGGAAAAUAGCUCUACUGAUGAUGAAACAGAAGAGGAGGAAGAUGCUGAAAUGCCUGAUAAAGACUGUGUGACCAGGAAACGUGUCAAACGACAGAGACUUGAAGAGAUGGAAGAAGAUGCUGAGGUGGAUUUGCCAGCAUUUGCUGAUAGCGAUGAUGACCUGGAGAGGGGUUCAGAGGAUGGAGAAGCAGAGGAAGCUGAUGAAAGCAGUGACGAGGAUUCCCCUGUAGGAAAGACGGGUAUUUUAGAGCCUGAGGCUCUCCGAGAAGGUGGUAAGGUGGGACAGUUACAGGCUAGUGGUUUGAGGGACAGUUUGAAUCUGGAGAAGUCUUCAGCAUUGCGAAAAACAACCGUCACCAUUUCAGAUUCAGGUCAUUGUACAGCUGAAGAGGCAUUUGCAUCUGAAGAUGAAUCUGAAGAAAGUUCCUCUCUCAGUGCGGAGGAAGAGGAUUCAGAAAAUGAAGAAGAUAAUGGGGAAAAGUUUCCUAAGCCACCUCAAGUAAUCAGUGGUCAGAAACUGAGUUCAGAGAACUUAAUUGAUGAGACCAGUGAUAUAGAAGAUUUACUCAAAGAGGAAGAUGAUUAUAAGGAAGAAAACAACUCUGCUGUAGAAACUUCAGGAGCCCUCAAGUGGAAGGAAGAUCUUUCCAGGAAAGCAGCGGAAGCAUUUCUAAGGCAGCAGCAGACAACUCCAAACCUCCGAAAGCUCAUUUAUGGAACAGUGACAGAAGAUAAUGAAGAAGAUGGUGAUGAUGGGGAAGAGCUUGGAGGGUUGUUUCGUGUCAGCCAGCCGGCCAGGGAGUGUAAGCACAAGGCUGAUUCUUUGGACUGCUCCAGGUUUCACGUGGAGGCCCCUCAUGAUUGGGAUUUAGAGGAGGUUAUGAACAGUAUCAGAGAUUGCUUUGUGACUGGGAAGUGGGAAGAGGAUAAAGAUGCAGCCAAGAUCUUAGCAGAAGAUGAGGAGCUCUAUGGUGACUUUGAAGACUUGGAAACGGGGGAUGUGCACAAAGGAAAACCCAACUCGGAUUCUCAGAUUGAAGAUGAGGAGGAAGAAGUCAAGGAAAAAACCGACCCCAGUGAAGAAGAAAGCGCCAAGGAAAAACAUUUGGAGAAGAAGAGAAAAUUGAAGGAGUUGUUUGAUGCAGAAUAUGAUGAAGGAGAGAGCACAUACUUUGAUGAUCUCAAAGGAGAAAUGCAUAAGCAAGCACAGCUUAACCGAGCAGAAUUUGAAGAUCAAGAUGAUGAUGCCAGAGUUCAGUAUGAAGGUUUUCGACCUGGGAUGUACGUCCGAAUUGAGAUAGAAAAUGUUCCCUGUGAAUUUGUGCUUAACUUUGACCCACAUUACCCAAUUAUUUUGGGUGGUUUGGGCAAUAGUGAAGGCAAUGUUGGAUAUGUGCAGAUGCGUCUGAAGAAACAUCGCUGGUAUAAAAAAAUCCUCAAGUCCCGAGAUCCAAUCAUUUUUUCUGUAGGGUGGAGGAGAUUUCAGACCAUCCCACUGUAUUAUAUCGAAGACCACAAUGGAAGGCAGAGGCUUCUAAAAUAUACUCCACAGCACAUGCACUGUGGGGCAACAUUUUGGGGUCCCAUCACUCCACAGGGAACAGGGUUCCUGGCAAUACAGUCUGUCAGUGGCACAAUGCCAGAUUUCCGGAUAGCUGCCACAGGAGUUGUCCUUGAUCUGGAUAAAUCCAUAAAAAUUGUGAAAAAAUUAAAGCUCACUGGCUUUCCAUAUAAAAUUUUCAAAAAUACUUCAUUCAUUAAGGGAAUGUUUAAUUCUGCCUUAGAAGUGGCAAAAUUUGAAGGUGCUGUUAUUCGAACCGUCAGUGGAAUAAGGGGACAAAUCAAGAAAGCCCUCCGGGCUCCAGAGGGAGCUUUCCGGGCCAGCUUUGAGGAUAAGUUACUGAUGAGCGAUAUCGUCUUCAUGAGAACUUGGUAUCCUGUUUCCAUUCCAGCCUUCUAUAAUCCAGUCACAUCUUUGUUGAAACCCGUUGGUGAAAAAGACACCUGGUCAGGAAUGCGGACUACUGGCCAGCUACGGCUUGCUCAUGGUGUCAAACUAAAGCCCAACAAGGAUUCUCUCUAUAAGCCAAUCAUGAGGCAAAAGAAGCAUUUUAAUUCUCUGCAUAUUCCGAAAGCCUUGCAGAAGGCCCUGCCAUUUAAGAGCAAGCCUAAGACUCAAGCAAAGGCCGGCAAGACGCCGAAGGACAGGAUGAGACCAGCUGUCAUACGGGAGCCUCAUGAAAGGAAGAUCCUCGCACUGCUUGAUGCUCUGAGUACAGUGCACAGUCAGAAGAUGAAGAAGGCCAAGGAGCAGCGCCACCAGCACAAUAAAGAACACUUCAAAAUGAAGCAGAAAGAGGAAGAAGAAAAACUGAAACGACAGAAGGAUCUCAGGAAGAAGCUGUUCCGAAUUCAAGGUCAGAAAGAAAAAAGAAAUCAGAAGUCCAGCCUAAAGGGACCAGCGGAGCAGCCUAAGUGAGCUGAGACGGAUCGCCCUUUGCACCUGCACAGGUGGGUGUUUCCGGUGUUACUGUGUAAAGAACAAGGAAGACCUUUUUAUUGGAUACACCAGCCAGACUGUGCCUUUGAAAGGAAAAAUGAAAACUGCUGAUAGGACACCUGUUCAUUCCUAGUGCCUGGGUUAUGCCAAAAUUGAAAAUAAUUUAAUUUAUGGUUUUAUAUUUCCCUCACAUUUCUUUCAUCUGACUCAGUUUGUUUGUGCCAGCAAAAAAAAAAAAAAUCAUUAAAUAUUUUCCUG